AUGGCUGCUCAGACCGCCCCAGAGCUCGCGAAGCUUGACUUGAACAAGAAUAGUGGCUCUGCCGAGGCGAACGUUGUCUCCAAUGGAGGGUCUGAUAAAGACGAUGCUGAGAAUGAAGGAGACUCAGACGAUGAUAAAGACGAGGCAGGCGGUUCUGCUGAAGUAAACACGGAAAAGAAAAAGAAGAAGAAGAGAUCAAAGAAGAAGAAGAAGGCUGCCAAGGUCCAGUCGAGCCCACCACGGAUACCCUUGACCACUCUUUUCCCUAACAAUGCCUUCCCCGAGGGAGAGAUUGUGGAAUACCUAAACGACAACUCCUAUCGUACCACAAACGAAGAAAAGAGGCAUCUCGACCGCAUGAACAAUGAUUUCCUCACUGAGUACCGCCAGGCUGCCGAAAUCCACCGCCAGGUCCGCCAGUAUGCGCAAAAGGAGCUCAUCAAACCUGGUGCCACCUUGACCGAUAUCGCCGAGGGUAUUGAGGAUGGAGUCCGCCACCUGACCGGCCACAUGGGUCUGGAAGAAGGAGACAGCUUGAUUGCUGGAAUGGGUUUCCCAACCGGGUUGAAUAUCAACCAUUGUGCAGCCCAUUAUUCCCCCAAUGCCGGAAACAAGGUUGUUCUUCAACAUGGUGAUGUCAUGAAGGUGGACUUUGGUGUCCAUGUCAAUGGCAGAAUCGUAGACAGUGCUUUCACCGUCGCGUUUGACCCUGUUUUUGACCCUCUGCUCACGGCUGUCAAGGAGGCAACCAACACCGGAAUCAAAGAAGCUGGUAUUGAUGUCCGCAUGAGUGAUAUCGGCGCAGCCAUUCAGGAAACGAUGGAGAGCUAUGAACUCGAGAUAAACGGCACAUCAUACCCCAUUAAGGCCGUUCGUAACCUGAACGGCCAUACAAUCGGCCAGUACGAAAUUCACGGUGGAGUAAACGGGAAGAGUGUUCCAAUCGUUAAAGGCGGUGACCAAACCAAGAUGGAAGAAGGUGAAACUUAUGCCAUCGAAACCUUUGGUAGUACUGGAAAAGGAUAUGUUAGGGAUGAUAUGGAAACAUCUCAUUAUGCUAAAGUUCCGAAUGCUCCAAGCGUGCCUCUUCGUUUGUCUUCUGCAAAGAACUUGUACAGCCUUAUCAACAAGAAUUUCGGUACUCUACCAUUCUGUCGCCGAUACCUUGAUCGCCUCGGCCAGGAAAAAUACCUCCUUGGGUUGAACAACCUAGUCUCAUCUGGCCUUGUCGAUGCAUAUCCUCCGCUCUGUGAUGUGAAGGGAUCAUAUACAGCCCAAUUUGAACAUACUAUAUUGCUGCGACCAAAUGUAAAGGAGGUCAUUAGUCGAGGUGAUGAUUACUGA